AUGCCGGAUAAAGUGGAAACUACCUUAAUGCUCAUAGCAGCUGGAGAGUUUUCAAUGGGGAUUUUAGGGAAUGCAUUCAUUGGAUUGGUAAACUGCAUGGGCUGGAUCAAAAAUAGGAAGAUCACCUCCAUUGAUUUAAUCCUCACAAGUCUGGCCAUAUCCAGAAUUUGUCUAUUAUGUAUAAUACUAUUAGAUUGUUUCAUAUUGGUGCUGUAUCCAGAUGUGUAUACUGCCGGUAAACAAAUGAGAAUCAUUGACUUCUUCUGGACACUAACCAACCAUUUAAGUGUCUGGUUUGCCACCUGCCUCAGCAUUUUCUAUUUCCUCAAGAUUGCAAACUUUUACCAUCCCCUUUUCCUCUGGAUGAAGUGGAGAAUUGACAGCAUGAUUCCUAGGAUCCUGCUGGGGUGCUUGGCCCUCUCUGCGUUUAUUAGCCUUGUUGUGACUGAGAAUUUGAAUGAUGAUUUCAGGUAUUGUGUUAAGACAAAGAGGAAAGCAAAUGUAACUGUGAGAUGCAGAGUAAAUAAAGCUCAGUAUGCUUCCAUCAAGAUUUGCCUCAACCUGUUAACGUUCCUCCCUUUUUCUGCAUCCCUGAUCUCAUUUCUCCUCUUGAUCCUCUCCCUCUGGAGACAUAACAGGCAGAUGAAGGUCAGUGCCACCCGGUGCAGAGACUUCAACAUAGAAGCCCACGUGGGAGCCAUGAAAGCUGUCAUCUCCUUUCUCCUCCUUUUCAUUGCCUACUAUUUGGCCUUUCUCGUAGCUACCUCUAGCUACUUUAUGCCAGAGACUGAAUUAGCAGUGAUCAUUGGUGAGUUAAUAGCUCUAAUCUAUCCCUCAAGCCAUUCAUUUAUCCUAAUUCUGGGGAGCAAAAAACUAAGACAGACAUCACUAACAGUGCUAUGGAAAGUAGAGUAUAUUCUAAACAGAAGAAAUUUCUAA